CCUCUCAUACAUUUUUUUUCUUGUUUCUCUGUCCGUUGGAAACAAACAGUACUCCUCCUCCUAAUUUCCGUUCCUUCGCUUCUUCUUCUUCUUCCACAGAAUCCACAGUCACUCUUUCACUCUCUCUCACUCACUCGUUCUCACUCUUAAGCCUCUGAACAUGAGCAGUGGCAGUAGAGAGGGAACCAAGGUCAACAGCCACCGCCGGUAAUGAAUCCCACCACGGACCCACCACCAAACCCGCCGCAGCCCCACCGACCCUCUACCUCCUGCGACCGCCACCCGGAGGAGAAUUUCACCGGCUUUUGCCCCUCAUGCCUCUGCGAACGACUCGCCGUUUUGCACCCUUCCACCACCCCUGCCUCUUCUUCCCGAAAACCCCCGACUUCCUCCACCGCCGCCGCUGCCCUUAAGGCCAUCUUUAAGCCCUCCAUUGGCGGCGGCGGGGCCUCCAACAACAACAAAGCCCGGCCCACCACCUCGUUCUUCCCUGAGCUCCGACGCACCAAGUCCUUCUCGGCAUCCAAGAACGAAGGCUUCUCCGGCGUCUUCGAGCCGCAGAGGAAGUCCUGCGACGUCCGGGGACGGAGUACGCUUUGGUGUCUGUUCAAUCAGGACGACGGCCGGAACCCCAACAAGACAGAACAGCCCACCUGGGGAGCUGCCGGGCCGGAGAUUGGUGUCGAAACCAGAAAGUUAGCUGAGCCCUCUUCGAGCUUUCGAGGUCCGGUGUUUGAGUUCAAAGAGGAGGAAGAAGAAGAAGAAGAAGAAGAAGACGACGAAGACGAAGAAGAAGAGGUAGAACAGAAUCACAACGACGGAGUAAUUGGGAGGUUUUCCGACGAAGCGAAUGUGGGUAAUGUCAGUGAAAUCAGAGCUGAUCCGGAAAUAGUAGAAGAGGAAGAACAACCAUCAGAGACAGUGCAGUUUCAAGAAGAAGAGUUGAAGCCCAUGAAGGACCACAUAGAUCUUGACGCUCAGACCAAGAAGAGAGACCUGAAGGAGAUCGCCGGAAGCUUCUGGUCCGCCGCUUCGGUGUUCAGCAAGAAACUGCAGAAGUGGCGGCAGAAGCAGAAGCUCAAGAAGCGGCGCAACGGCGGCGGCGGAUCGGCCACAUUGCCGGUGGAGAAGCCCAUUGGGCGACAGUUCAGAGAAACCCAGUCGGAGAUCGCCGAUUACGGCUUCGGUCGGCGCUCAUGCGACACCGAUCCCCGGUUUUCGCUCGACGCGGGUCGGAUGUCUUUCGACGACCCGAGAUACUCGUUCGACGAGCCUCGGGCCUCGUGGGACGGGUACCUAAUCGGAAGGACUUUUCCGAGAAUGCCGACGAUGCUUUCGGUGGUGGAGGAUGCUCCGGUGGUUGUUUCGAGAAUCGAUGCUCAUAUUCCUGUGGAGGAGCCGAUGAACUCUAUCAACAAAGAGGACCCGGUUCCUGGCGGGUCGCUCCAGACCCAGAACUACUAUACGGACUCAUCUUCCAGGCGGCGGAAGAGCCUUGACAGGUCCAACUCCAUCAGGAAGACUGCGGCGGCGGUGGUGGCGGAGAUUGACGAAAUGAAGUCGGUUUCGAAUUCAAAGGUGUCACCCACUACUGCUGACUACUUCCAUGGGCCCAAGCUGGUGGCUCCUGAUCGAGAUUCUAACUCGAACUCUCUACGUGAUGACUGCUCGGAGACAUUUGAGAUGGCGUUUCGUGGCGGUGAUCCUGUGCUACGCGGCGGGGAUUCGGCGUCGGUGGUGGGGAAUGGGGAGAGGAAAGAUUGUAAGCAGAAGUCUAGGAGGUGGAGCAAGGCGUGGAACAUUUGGAGUUUCAUACAGAGGAGGAGUGGGAACAAGGAGGAUGAUGAGGAUAGGUAUAGUAGUAGGCCUAAUGGGGUAGAGAGGUCGUUUUCGGAGUCUUGGCCGGAGCUGAGAGGCGGCGGGGAGCGAAAUGGGGAAUCAAAGAGUUUCAAUCCAAAGAUCAUGAGGAGCAACAGCAGUGCCAGUUGGAGAAACUCGCAUAGCUUUGGAGGUGGGGGUUUUGGGAGUAUGAGGAAGAAUGGUGCUGUUGUUGAGCCGAAUGUGAAUGGAAAUGGCAAUGCAAAUGGGAAUGUGAGUGUGAAUGGGAAUGGGAUUGGAAGGAAGAAGAAGGAAGAGAUUGUGCUGGAAAGGAAUCGGAGCGCAAGGUAUUCGCCGAAUCACAUUGACAAUGGACUUUUGCGGUUCUACUUGACGCCGAUGAGGAACAGCUGGAGGAGUGGAGGAGCUGGGAAGAGCAGGUCCAAUCAUGCACAUUCCAUCGCCAGAAGUGUACUCCGAUUGUACUGAAAACAAUAUUGGAUUCAUAAUGGGGUGUUUGUUCUUUGGUUUAGUUUAAUCCUGGUUAAUUCGCUAUAUUUUGUGUAAAACCACACAAGCCUAAAUGCAUCUUGUUGGUUGGUUGGGGAUAAG